CCGCCGGACCAGGUUCUUUAAAAGUGAUUGAAGAGAACAGUUCAAAAUGCCUGAAAAUCCUGCUACAGAUAAACUGCAGGUCCUGCAGGUCCUUGAUCGCCUGAAAAUGAAAUUGCAGGAGAAGGGUGACACGUCUCAGAAUGAGAAGUUAUCUAUGUUUUGUGAGACACUAAGGAGCCCUCUCUUCAACCAGAUCCUCACACUUCAGCAGUCCAUCAAGCAACUGAAGGGACAACUCAGCCAUUUACCCUCAGAUUGUUCAGCCAACUUUGAUUUUUCCAGGAAAGGCUUGUUGGUAUUCACUGAUAGCUCCAUUGCUAAUGGGAAUGUCCAUAGGCCCUCUAAUAAUUCAACUGUUUCUGGGUUAUUUCCUUGGACUCCAAAGUUGGGGAAUGAAGACUUCAACUCUAUCAUUCAACAGAUGGCUCAGGGUCCGCAGAUUGAAUAUAUUGAUAUAGAAUGGCCUUCAACAGGAGGCCUUGGAUUCAGUGUGGUGGCCCUUAGAAGUCACAAUAUGACAGAAGUGGACAUCUUUGUGAAGGAAGUACAGCCAGGGAGUAUAGCAGACAGGGAUCAAAGAUUAAAGGAAAAUGAUCAAAUAUUGGCCAUUAAUCACACACCGCUGGAUCAGAACAUUUCCCACCAGCAAGCAAUUGCAUUAUUACAACAAACCAGAUCUUUGAGGUUGGUUGUGGCCAGGGACCCAGUCCAAAGAAAAAGCAGUACUUCUACAAGCUUAUCUGACACAACUCUGCCUGAAACAGUUUGUUGGGGACACAUUGAAGAUGUUGAACUCAUUAAUGAUGGCUCUGGAUUAGGUUUUGGAAUAGUUGGAGGAAAAUCAAGUGGCGUGGUUGUGAGGACUAUAGUUCCUGGAGGAUUAGCAGAUCGAGAUGGAAGACUCCAGAGAGGGGAUCAUAUCUUGGAGAUUGGUGGCACAAACGCAGGAAUGACCAGUGAGCAGGUUGCACAAGUGCUAAGAAACUGUGGGAAUUCAGUCAGGAUGCUUGUGGCAAGAGACCCAGUUGGUGAAGUUUCAGUGACCCCUCCUGCCCCUACAGCCUUACCUGUUGCUCUGCCUGCUGUAGCCAACACGAGCCCUGGUUCUGACAAUUCUCCUUUUGAAACAUACAAUGUUGAACUUGUUAAGAAAGAUGGACAGAGUCUUGGGAUUAGAAUUGUUGGCUAUGUUGGAACAUCUCAUUCAGGGGAAACUGCAGGUAUCUAUGUGAAAAGUUUAAUACCUGGCAAUGCUGCCUACCACAAUGGCCACAUUCAAGUGAAUGACAAGAUAGUUGCUGUUAAUGGGGAGAAUAUUCAGGGUUUUGACAACCAGGAUGUUGUUGAAGUGUUACGAAAUGCAGGGCAGGUGGUACACCUAACCCUAGCUCGAAGGAAGACAUCCUCAUCUGGUUAUCAGCUUGAACCUCCUUCAGACAGAGGAAAUGUUGUAGAACCACCAAAAACACCAGCUCUCUUUCUAACUGGAGCACUGGAAACAGAAAUUAAUUUGGACGAUGAAGAUGAGGAAACUGAAGAAAAAACAGAUAAUCUAAAAAAUGACAAUAUGCGAGCUUUAUAAAAAUUGGAAAGAGUCACGGACUCUCCAGAAAAUAAGCUGAAAUCUAGAUGGGAAAACCUCCUAGGCCCUGAUUAUGAAGUAAUGGUUGUGACAUUGAAUACACAGAUUGCAGAUGAUGCUGAGUUACAAAAGUGUUCCAAGCUUUGA